AUGUCUCCCUCCAAGGUAUCCACCAUCGCGUGGGACUCCUUCCACAAUACCGUCGACGGCAAACCAAGGGGUGGGAAGGAGAAGCACCGUGGUGUCAACCCAGCCACCGGCGAGGAGUUAUGGGAGGUGCCCAUUGCCAACCAGCAGGACGUCGAUGAUGCUGUCGUUUCAGCACAGAAGGCUUUCGAGUCGUGGAGCCAGGUGCCGAUGGAGAAGAGGAAGGAGCAGAUCACGAAGUUCAAGGAGCACUAUCUCAACUAUGUGGACGAGAUGACCGAUUUGCUUUGCGAAGAGACUGGCAAGCCGCGCCAAGUCGCAGAGAUGGAGACCAAGGGCGUGGUCGGCUUCAUCGACUUCCACUUGAGCUUGACGCUCCCCGAGGAGCGUGAGGAGGACCACGAGAAAGUCAUGCUCACCCGCUACACACCUCUCGGUGUCGUCGGUGCCAUUUGCCCAUGGAACUUCCCAAUCAUCCUUUCGCUCGGCAAGGUCAUCCCAGCUCUGCUCACCGGCAACACCGUCAUCAUCAAGCCAUCGCCAUACACGCCCUACACCACCCUGAAGGUCGUCGAGCUUGCUCAGGAAAUCUUCGCUCCUGGUGUCGUACAGGCAGUUGGCGGUGAUGACAAGCUUGGCCCCAUGUUGACCACCCACCCCAACAUCCAAAAAAUCUCCUUCACUGGCUCCAUCGCCACGGGCAAGAAAGUCAUGGCCGCCGCAGCCAGCACCCUCAAGCGCGUGACGCUCGAGCUCGGCGGCAACGAUGCCUCCAUCGUCCUGCCCGACGUCGACAUCAAGAAGGUCGCUCCCGAACUCGUCAUGGGUGCCUUCCAGAACUCCGGCCAGGUCUGCGUCGCCACCAAGCGCAUCUACAUCCACCAGGACAUCUACGACGAGAUGCUGAAGGAAAUGGUCGAGUUCACCAAGACCAUCAAGACCGGUGCACCGGGCUCUAAUGCUCUUCUCGGACCAAUUCAGAACAAGAUGCAAUACGAAAAAGUCCAAACCUUCUUCGCCGACAGCAAAGCCAAGGGCUACAAAUUCGCCGUCGGCGCCCCGGAAGUCGAGCAAGGCAAAGGCUACUUCAUCCAACCCACCAUCAUCGACAACCCCCCCAACGACUCCCGCAUCAUCCAAGAAGAACCCUUCGGCCCCAUCGUGCCCACCCAACCCUGGACGGACGAGGAAGAAGUGAUCCGCCGCGCCAACAACACGAAUGCGGGGCUGGGGGCCUGUGUUUGGGGCAAAGAUGUGGAGAGGGCGGAGCGGAUCGGGAAGAGGUUGCAGGCUGGGAGUGUGUUUGUGAAUUCGUGGGAGAAGCCGACGCCGCAGGCCAUCUUCGGCGGGCACAAGGAGUCGGGGAUUGGGGGCGAGUGGGGCAAGGAGGGGAUCAAGGCGUAUUGUAAUGCGCAUGUUUUGCAUACUUAUAAGCAGAAGUAG